AUUCUGCAAUUGGAGAGAUUAUUGUCUCUCAACGCUCUUUCUCGGCUUUCUCCCUCCCAGAUCGCGCUGUCGAUUUACAUCUGAAUCUCCACUGGUAACCCUAUCAACCUAAAAAAUGCUCAAAUUUCUUAAGGGCGUGGUGGCUGGAUCUGGCGCGGGGCUGAAAGAUUUUCCAUACAAUAUCGGCGAACCAUAUUCCUCGGCCUGGGGAUCAUGGACUCACUACCGCGGCACGUCUAAGGAUGACGCUUCAUCUGUUUCAAUAUUUUCUUUAUCUGGGAGUAGCAGCCAGGAUGGGCAUCUGGUUGCUGGUCGCAACGGUGUUAAGCGAUUGCGCACUGUUAGACAUCCAAAUAUACUAUCCUUUGUCCAUAGUACAGAAUCUGAAAUUUUGGAUGGUUCUAUGACAAAACAUACAAUUUACAUUGUAACUGAGCCUGUUAUGCCUCUAUCUGAGAAGAUUAAAGAGUUGAAUUUGGAAGGUACACAGAGGGAUGAGUAUUUUGCAUGGGGACUGCAUCAGAUUGCUAAAGCUGUCAGCUUUUUGAAUAAUGACUGCAAACUUGUGCAUGGAAAUGUGUGCUUGACCAGCAUCGUGGUAACUCAAACAUUGGACUGGAAGCUUCAUGCAUUUGAUGUCCUUUCUGAAUUUGAUGGGAAUGUUGAAGCGCCUAAUGGAUUAAUGCUUCAAUAUGAAUGGCUGGUUGGUUCGCAAUACAAGCCCAUGGAGCUGGCAAACUCAGAUUGGGUUUUAAUAAGAAAAUCUCCGCCCUGGGCAAUUGAUUCAUGGGGUCUAGGCUGCCUGAUUUAUGAACUCUUCUCUGGUAUGAAGUUGUCAAAUACUGGGGAACUGCGUAAUAUUUCUGUUAUUCCUAAGUCCCUUCUACCGGAUUAUCAGAGAUUAUUGAGUUCCUCUCCAUCAAGAAGACUAAAUCCCUCAAAGCUCAUCGAUAGCAGUGAAUACUUUCAAAAUAAACUGGUGGAAACCAUACAGUUCAUGGAAAUCCUAAACUUGAAGGACAGUGUAGAAAAAGACACCUUUUUUAGAAAACUUCCUAAUUUAGUGGAACAACUCCCACGCCAGAUUGUACUUAAAAAGCUACUUCCAUUGCUAGCUUCAGCUCUAGAAUUUGGUUCGGCUGCCGCCCCCGCCUUGACGACUCUAUUGAAGAUGGGUUCAUGGCUUUCAAUAGAUGAGUUCAGUGUCAAGGUGUUACCGAGUAUUGUUAAACUAUUUGCCUCACCUGACCGAGCUGUCCGAGUUAGUCUUCUUCAGCACAUAGAUCAGUUUGGGGAAUCACUAACAGCUCAAGUUGUUGAUGAGCAAAUAUUUCCUCAUGUUGCCACUGGUUUUUCGGAUAGUUCUGCAUUCCUUCGUGAAUUGACGCUCAAGUCCAUGCUUGUUUUGGCGCCGAAGUUGUCUCAACGUACUAUUUCCGGCUCUUUGUUGAAGUAUCUAUCAAAAUUGCAGGUGGAUGAAGAACCGGCAAUUAGAACCAAUACCACAAUCCUUCUUGGGAACAUAGCGAGCCAUUUAAAUGAGGGGAUGAGGAAGAGAGUAUUAAUAAAUGCAUUUACUGCACGUGCUUUGCGUGAUGGUUUCUCUCCAGCUCGUGCAGCAGGAAUAAUGGCUUUAUGUGCCACAAGUGCAUAUUACGAUAUGACAGAGAUUGCAACUCGUAUCUUACCCAAUGUUGUUGUACUUACCAUUGAUCCGGAUCCUGACGUGAGAUCAAAGACAUUUCAGGCUGUCGAUCAAUUUUUGCAAAUAGCAAAGCAGAACCAUGAAAAGUUAAAUACUGGAGAUGUUGGCGGAGCUACCGAUUCUGGAGUACUGUCAAUGACUGGAAAUACUGGUUUGCUUGGAUGGGCUAUGAGCUCUUUGACUCAAAAAGGAAAAGCUUCUGAACAUGUUUCAGCUGCCUCUGCCAAUGCCAAUUCAUCUUUAGUUUCUAUUUCUUCAAAUUCUUCAUCAGCGGAGGCCCAUGAUACCAUAACAGAGCAUUCCACUUCUAUCAGCAACUCUCUUGAUCAACCAACCCCUUCUUCUCCAACAUCAACAGAUGGAUGGGGUGAGCUUGAAAAUGGGACUUUUCAUGAUAAUCACCAUAGUGAUAAAGAAGGGUGGGAUGAAAUGGAGCCAAUCGAGGAACUGAAACCUCCCAAUCAUCUUGCAAGCAUACAAGCUGCUCAGAAACGUCCGUUUGCUCAACCAAAGCAGCAUGCACAAAAUUCAUCUCGACCCAAUAAUGCCAAAGCCAGCUCCACAUUCACAAACGCAAAGCCUGAAGACGAUGAUCUAUGGGGUUCAAUUUCUGCACCUGCACCGAGAUCUACAUCAAAGCCCCUACAUGUUAAGUCUGCAGCCGAUGAGGAUCUCUGGGGCUCUAUCGCUGCGCCACCUCCAAAAACAACUUCAAAACCUUCCAAGUCUACUGCAGCCAAUGACGAUGAUCCCUGGGCGGCCAUUGCUGCUCCUCCUCCGACCACAAAAGCUAAGCCUUUGUCCACAGGGAGAGGUCGAGGCACAAAACAAAUUCCUGCUAAAUUGGGUGCUCAAAGGCUAUCUUCUUCGGGAAUAUAAAUCAUCUGUAGAAGAAACUUUAAGGAGAAAAGGUAUCAUUAUUUUUUUUUUCGCAUUUGUAAUAUUCUUUCUGUGAGUGUCGAUAUAUAAGUAACCCAUCAUGUAUUUUAGCCUCUGUUAAGACAGCCAGUCAGGCGAGUGGUCUUCUUGUACCUUAAUCUUAGGAUUGUUCAAUCACAGGAAAUAGAACCAAAAGAUAUGUUCUAUGAUAUUAUAAUUGUGCACUUUAUAUGCUUUGAUUGCCAUUAUGUUA